AUGAACACUCACGAGAGCUGCAAGAAAUCGUCGAGGAGUCCGAUGUCGGGGGAUGCAUCCAAGUAUAAUCUGCGAUGCAAUCGCAACAUCAGCGAGAAGAUGUCCAAAAAGGAUUUCGUCUACGACAUUCGUCCGCCGAAUCAAAGUUUCAGAAAGUUCGAAACUGGGAAAUAUCCGGUCGUGUUGCCACUACAAUUACGUCGCAAACAGAACUCAGACUCUAAAGCACCUCAGUACACGGUAAUCACGGAGAAGAAUGAUAAUGGCGGCGGUGGAGAUGCCACGAACCUUUCAGAGCAACGACCCUUGGGAUUCGAGUGCAAUUUCUGUCGCGAGCAGAUUGCCACUUUGUUAUCGUUAUCGACACACGUCAAGUUUCACCGUCGAGCGUACUGCAAGUAUUGUUACUGGAUCUUACUGGAAAACGAAACGAUGGAGAAACACGUCGAGACCAACCAUCGAAUCGAUCCAACUACCCCAACGAACCCCUAA